AUGCACGAGCUAUUCAUCACAGCCGCGGUCAAGGCCGACGACUUCGACAUGGCCUGCGCGAUACUGCAGGGCCUCACGUGGAUGACGGCGCGGCGGUCCGUCUACCGGAUCCUCUUCUUCGCCGGUCUGCCACAACCGAAGGGCCUGCCGAACCCGCGUGCAUUCCAGAUGACGCACUUGCGCGCGCUAUGGCAGGAGCUUGCGAAGCACCUGAGCCGCUCGUCGUACGUCGUCCAGGCCGCGUAUCCGGUCUCGCCCGACGCCGACUUCGGCAAGGGCACCGCCAUGGAGUUCAACACGCUACCCGGCACCCUGCGGUGGACCGACCUGCCGGACCCCUGGCGGGACACCCCCGUCAUCUCGAGGAAGAAACUCGAGAUACCGGAACAGAGCAACCUGCAGGUGGCCCUGACGGAUAACAACUACAAAUACCAGAACGAACUCGUGCAGGAAAGCUAUUCCUUCGUGCGGGGAAACGUUGAGUUUGUCUUCAGCCGGUACUACCACCUGCCCGACUCGCCGGGUCGCGCCGUGACGGUGCUCCCGGCGUGGGCGGACCUGCGCCCCGUCGACCCGGCGCAGAAGUGGGUUCUCAACGUCAAGCUCAACGUGCCCGACGACUCGCAGCCCGACAAUGUCAAGAAGGCCACCGAGGAGCUUAUGGCUGUCAAGGCCGAGCUGGACAGGAUGUUCGACUUCAAGGUGGUCGACCGCCGCGUCUUCGACACGCGCAUCGCACCGCCGCCGAUAGUUCCGGGGCGUGGUAUCCCGAAGUAA